CGCUCCUCCCUCUCUUUGUGCUCGUCUUCUCCGACUCCGACCAUCACUCCGCUUUGCGCGUCGCGGGAUGGGGGAAAUCACUCGUAGUCGUAGCACUGCAUGAGUUAGCGAAAGGGGAAUGGUUCAUCGCGCGAGCGCGAGCGCGGGAUCUCGUCCUCCCGCUACUGGUUAUGCAGAGAAAACGAGAAGGGGUUUCUGAUUAUUUUUUUUUUCACGCUGGUUUUGUUCAUUAGUUGUGUGUCAUUUGGAGUGUGCUUUAAGAUUAAGGUACCAUCAUUCGUUCAGUCAAUUCUUCGAUCAUCAUAGCUUGUAUGAUCUUUUUGACUGUGCAAUUACAGCAUGAUUCAGAGGCUUCACCAGAUUCUGAUAUAGUGAUAUAUAUAUAGAGAGCUGCCUGGGAAUUGGAGUUCUGAUGAACUGGAGGUGCUUGCUUGCUUGCUGUUCCAUUACACAGAUCACAGGUAGUAGCUUAGUCUAAUUAACUAGUGGUUUUCAAUUUUUCAUCAUGAACACUGUUCCUGCAAAAGAGGUGAUGUGUCGUCUUUUCCAUUCUGUCUUGCCUGAAUGGUCUCAGGGGUUAUGAACUUGUACUGUAAUUGGCAAAAUACAGCAUUAGCCAAAAAUGUUCAUCUUAGUUCUCAAUUUGGUUUUGGUUAGCAUGUAUGCAUCUGUAUUUUCUGUCUGAUACACUUGUGCAUCUGCAUUUUCUGUCUGAUUCACUUGUUGUGCAUCUCCGCUUUGCUGCACAUCCUGUUUAUUCAACUUUGUUUCAUGUCUUUUGUGUUGUAUCCUCUGCACAUCCUGUUCCAUUCAACUUUAUUUCAUAUCUUUUGUUUUGUAUCCGUAUGAUAGGCAAAAACAUUGUCUAAUAGGCUGCUGAAAAAAGGAGUUCCUAUUAUAUGGAUAAAGCAGGAAGCAUAUGCAAUGCACUCGCUUUCUUAUUCCCUGUGAUGGCCUUUGUGUUUCUUCUGGAUAUUGUAUCACGCUGAUGCUAUUUUUGAAACUGCUACUUGCUGUGCAUUUUUCAAGAGUGCAGCAUGAAGGAAGAGGAAAUUUCGUGAUGAAUCCAAUUUGAUUGAAAACCAUGUUGGAGAAAAAUGUGUUCAGGAAAAAAGGAAAUCUUCAUGAAAUGUUUAUGAUUCUUUUUUUUUUUGAAACCCCAAAAUAUUUAUGAUUCGGACAUUAAAAGCAAAACUAUUCAGCUAUGUGCUUAAACCUAAGUAAAGAAGUUUUCUAGGUGGUUUGAUUUUGGCACAAUUAUUUCUAUAUAAAACAGGAACAAAAUUUAUAUGGCCAUAACAUGUUAUUUGUUAUACCAUUCUGAAAUCUUCUUCUAUUGUUGUAAGUGGUAUUUUGUUAUGAAAUGGUACGUGUGGUGAUGUUCUCCUUUUUCUAAUGAAGAAGAUUUUGGUUAUUCUUAGUUGAAGUGUUUAUUGUAAUAAUGUAAAAGUAUUUGAUUUGAUAGGGAAAAUGGUAAUCGCAGUAUAUCUAUUUGAGAAUCAUGAAGAUCCCUUCAUUUUUUUCAAGAAGUUUUUGUUUCUACAAAUUGUUAUGAAAUUUGCCUCAAUUCCUUCUGUAUCAGUAAGUUCCUCAAUUAUAGUUCUACUUCGUGCUAUCACUUUCAGUCAAUGUGCUGUUUGCCCAUGUGAGAAGAUGAAAGUGGCCCUUGUUCCGUUGUUAAUGGGCUCACCAUUUAGUGCCAAAUGUACAAUUUUUUGGUUUUAACAUUCGGGGCCUCCUUCCGGAAAUAAAUUAGAAUGUACCGUUUGAAACCAUGCUUUUGUCUUUUCUUCUUUUUGCAGUGAGACCAUUCUUUUGUCUUAGCACUUAAGUAUUUGGAAAUUUACCUUUGCUGAACGUUUUCCCUAUAAAUAUGAGAAUGAUGGUGACAUCACAUAAUAUAAGUGCUGAAGAGUUAUGCCUGUGAAACAAACUGAUGGAAGAUCGAUGUGAAAGUUUCUGGUCCUUGUUGCUCUGCAAUUGCUGUGCAAUUAGUGGCCGUGCUGAAGAGAACAAUAGUUUUUACCAAAACUAAUUUUAUAUGUGGACUGUGGUAUACUGUAUUCUCACCAGACUCUACUUUUGUUGAAAUAAUCUUGGCUAAGAUUCAUGGCAUAAAGUUGGUGAACUAUCCGUGUAAAAAGGUCCAUACAUUGAGCUACAGAAAACAACUUCCUUAUGAAUUAGUGUUUAGAGAAACAAAAUGGUGACAUCAUUUUGGUAUGUCUUUUUGUGCCAUGACAUACUACACAGUUUUUCCUUGGACUUGCAAAAAGCUAACUUGACUUCAUUUUUGUCUGUAUUUUUGGAUCAUAGCUUACUGCCAUAGUUCUCUGUCUUUUUACACCGUCCAAAUGUAAGUGCCCUUGAGCUUUUGAGCCUUUUUUGCUUCUUUUUUGUUGCUAUACAAUUAAUGCAAUGUAGCAGUUCCCUUAAAUUGAGGAAGGGAUCACUAUGAGAUGAUGCAAUCCUUCCCACACAGUUUUACAAUUUGUAUAAUAAUAAGAAGUCACAUUUGGUGAUUGUAAUGCUUCCCGUAAACUGAAUUAUUUCAAUUUUCUAUUUUGGAUUAGCUGGUGCGGUAUUUGAUUAGUUGUCCUGGGUGAUUUAUCUAUCCAAUUCAAGCGAUGGAAAAAUGGGAAUCCACUUAUUUGUAUUUAUGUGUUCCUGUAAUGCACGUGGAUUCUCUCCUACCUAUUGGUUCUUGAUCAUGAGUUCUUAGGUCAAUUUUACUGUAGUUGCAUUCCCUUUCAAUUUGUAAUUUCAAUGCAAAGAUGCUAUAGCAUCUGUUUUGGAAGCAUUGCACCUUGGAUUUUUGCUUCAUUGUUCUAUGUCUUGAUGUCAUUUGAUUUGACCAUGGAACCUCACUCCUGAAAGUAACAUAAGGUGAUAUUGGAAAUGAAUGUAGUAAGUACAAACUUAGGAUUUAAUGAAAGUAGUAUAUCAAAGAAAAGUGUGAUGCGUUUUAUUUGACACUGGUUGAGUGCAAAAGACUUUUGUCACCACACAGUUUCGAUAUAAAUUCAUAUGAUCAUUCAGGAACAUUUAACUUCAUAUGUAGUUAGCAAAUUCCACAAGUAACCUCUUUACAAUGGAACAGGAGUGCAGUGAAAAGCAAAGCUAAUCUUUCUUGGGAACCAUUAAUAAUUUGAAAAUUUCAGGAGAAGGUUUAAGCUGAUGAUGAACAAGAAACGAAUAUACUGUAUAAUUAGGUGCACAUGAUAAAAGGUGAUGAGGUCAGAAAGUAGAGGUAGAUGGUAACAGCUAUGGUGUGCUUAUAUGAGUACUUUUGGUUUAAUUGCUGCUUAGAGCCGAAAGAGAUCAAAGGACUUAAUUCCACUACCCUCAAAACCCGGGCACUGCCCCCAAGAUGGUUCUCUAAAGAACUAUAUUAUCUUUGUCAAUUAAAUAAUAGCUAAAGAUUAUAGUUUGGGUGUGUUAAUUGACCCCCUACCAGUUCUAUAUUUGAAUCUAAUCAUUUCACAGUAUGCACUAAAGAACUGAUUGAUUUUUGUGUGGUCUACAAGUCCACCCCCUGAGAGCUUUGUAUUGAUUGAUUCACCAUGUUACUAAUUGAAAGUUUUAUUGGAGUAAUUGAUAACUGCAAAAGUAGUAAAGCUCCUUAUUUGCCAACUUGUUGAUGGAAACACUGUGAUGCUAAUACAUGAAACUGUGAUUUAAAAAAUACCUACCUCAUGAUGUUAGUGUUGACCAAGUUUCAUAUGUAAUAGUCUUGAUGAAGCACAUGCUAUGUAUUUAUGUGAAAUUUUGGUACACAUAAACAAAAUUUGUAUCACGCAUUUGUUAAUGAGAUAUCCAAAAGAAAAAUCUCUGCUUCAUACCUGAAGGUUCUUUCAUUUCUGCAACUUCGAUUUAACUGGUAAUGGCAUUAUCCUCAAACAUGACAGGACUUAGAAAAUUUAUAAAAUAAAGAAAAGAGAAUGGAGGGAGUAUAUGUUUAAACUAAUACUAAACCUUCUAAGUUUCUCUGUUGGCAGGUAAACUGUUUCGUUCAUUGAGUCAUUCAUGAUUUCAGUAGGAAACCAUAUUCUUGGGAGAGGUUUACGAUUUUAGCUUCCAGUGGCAGAUGCAUUUGUGUUGAGAAAUAUUUCAUCAGGUAACCAUUUGGAGAUGAAGUGAAAAUUAACCUAUGUAGCAAAACUGCACUUCAACACUUCUAUGAAAAAUCCAGAUCAUCACACAAUCACACAUAGCAACCAAUUGUGUUUUCUCUGUUCUUAUCUUCAUAUCCUCUUUGGAAUGUGGAGUUGUACAAUGGACUAGGUGAGUCUGUUUGUCUGCUUAAGUCUUUGCCUCACCAAGCGACAAAAAAACACAUUUCUUUUUUGUAAAGACAAGAAAUUGCAUAUUGUUAGCCGCCCCACCCUGUACCUCCAUGGCUGUUCUUUUUUGUGCAUUGCUCAUCACGAGAGUACGAAGCACCACUUAAGGCACUAAUUCCACUUGUUUAUUGCUAAUAGCUUCCUUAUCAUUUUUCAUCAAAUUGGUCUCUCCUGUGUAAGUGUGUUUUUUCUUCUUCUUAAUGAAAUGAAGUGUGGUCCUCCUGCGUUUUCAACAAAAAGAAAAAUCAUUUUUCAUCCAAAAAAAAAAACUUGUCUAUCAUGAUUCAUGCCCUUAGUUUCCUGGAGCACUGGAGUUAAACAGAUGGCCACCUCCCCCCAUGAUAUCUGUCAUCUAUGUAUACUUGUUCCACCAUCUCCUUCUCACAUGAUGCCUAUCCUAGGCAGGCCCUGUGCUAUUGUAUUCUUCAUGUCUUCUACUCCUGCAUGUGCCCUACCACCUCCCCACAUCUCAUGCCUAGAUUCCCUCCUCCUCAAUUCCCCUCACUAACACCAUUUCAGUUCUUUUAAACAAUGCAAUCUUUGUGCCUAUUAUUGUUACUAGCAAGUUGCAGUUUAGCUUUAAAAUAUUUCUGAUUUUGAUUGCCUUUCUUCCUUUUCUUUCCCCCCUUUCUGUUAUAAGUGUGAUCUUUGCUUUUGUUCUUAAAACUUCCCUUUCAUUUCAGUUUGAAUUAUUUACAUGUAAUUGCACCACACUAACAAAAGAUGAGCCACAUGAGUAGCAAUAGCACACCAUGUCUAGGAGGAGCUACAGACGAAUUGGAAUAUUAUUGAUGGUUGGAUACAGUCACGCGGCAAGUAUCUCAAGAGUCCACUGCCUCACGUGACAGGUUAAUCACUUUUGCUUAGUGAAAUCAAAGAUAUAUACUGCUAGUGUCAAAAAAAUGAUAUGUACUGCUGGCUCUUUGAGAUGCCUUUCAACUAAACGCUGGUUAAAAUACUGUCAUGAAUUGCAUGCACAAGCAUCACGAGAAUAGAUGAACUGAUCAGGAAUUUGUCAACAAGACUGACAGUGCCAUAUGCUAAGGACACAAUAAAUGAAUUGGGUAAACAUGUUUAGGCUGGUAGAUCUAGGUGAUGAUGUGGUGAAAACCUUGGAAACUGUGCACCCUACAAAUGAUUGUACUCUUUGGUAUUUGUUUACUUGUUGUUUUAUCAGUAAUUAAGCAAGUACGACUCUCUCUCCCUCCAUUCCCUUCCAUUCAUGUAUAACUUGGUUAGCUUUUGCAGUUAUGCAGCUUCGCUGCUGAUGAAUUGUUACAAGUUAAUGAACACUAAUCUCAGGAUGAUUCAUGAGAACUGUAAGGUAUGAACAAGAAUCAUCCGUGAAUUUUUACUGGUGGUAAUAACCGGUAACCAAAUUAUCAUUAGACUUUACUCCUCAUUUUGUUCAUGUACACUUGUCAAUCACUGUAUUUGAACAUGCUAGAAUGUUCACUCAUGUAAGCAUUCUACUUCUACAUGCUAGUUAAAUACACAUCAUAAACAUAUCUUUUUACUGCAAAGGCAGAAGCAUGUACCCUAUCUUUUCGGGUAAAACGACCAACACUGCAAAUGGAAGUUCUAACCCCAAUGUAAAUACUCUGCAAGUUUCCAUUAUCUUCUACGGGAUUAGUAGUUCAGCAUUGGUCAAUCCGAACUGCCCAUUUACCGAUGGGAAUUUGGAGAAGAAGGUAGAUCUAGAUCUGCGAGCCUGCAAAAUUUCCUGUACUUUUACUAGUAUAAUCCAGCUGCUAGCUAGAUGGCGGCUUCCUCACCAUUAACACAAAGUACAAGAGGCAGUAGUAAUUAACUAUGAACUUGACAGUGGAAAGGUGAGAUUAGAUCUAACCAGGGGCAUGUGACAGCCUCUGCUGGGGUUUUUAAGAUCCAAUCCUUUCUGUUUAUCCUGACAAGAAACAGCCUCUGCCAUGCGGUUUAUAUAAUUGUUACUGCAUGGAAUGAACUGUGUUCUUCUCUCUGUGUGUCAUGUGUUACCACUAAGCACCCAGCUGUGAUGUCCCUUUUUAUUCUUAUUUUUCAACUUUCAACUCUGGAGAUUCUUACCAGCGCAGUUAGUUCAAUUCUCACCCUGCAAUGAUCAUAAUUACAGUGCAGGGCUUUACUGUCUACUUACACGAUCACAUUCAGAAAUGGCUGUUAAUAUGUAAUCAAACAAGGCAAAAAGGUCAGUUAAUUGUUGUCUUAUAUUCCAAUCAACAUGACUCUAUUCUUUCUAACAUCUAUGUUUUUGAGUUACUGACUUGAGACUUUGCUGCCCAUAUAUUCAGAGUUUUUUUCUGCAUUUCUGAAGUACCGAUGACCCAUUUUUCUCAAGUAAGAAUUUACUAAUUCCCAUUUCCAAGUUGUCAACUCUUGAUGUUCUUAAUUCAUACUAGUAAGUUCAAUUACCACCCUGAGAUGUGAAAAUCUACAGCCAAGUCCUUACCCACAGUCUGUUAAAGCUGUUGCUCUAACUGCAUCUUAUUUAAUCAUAUCCCCCUUGACACACACAGCCUUUCCAUGAAGUUGCUUAACCUGAUGCCAUUGCCAUGUCUCUGGGGGCACCAUCUUUUACUCUCAAGCCAGCAAAGCUGUUGCUUCAGUUAAAAAAUUUCUGCAUCCUCUCUCACUCCCCUCUUUAAGCUCCAAUUGGGGCAUUGCACUGCAUUGCAAAGCAAUUAGUCGUUGGUGAUGGCUGUCAAAAAUUUAUACACCCAAUCACCAAUCCUAACAGCAGCAUUAACCAUGGUGAUUAUGUGCAUUGCUACUAGAGGCCAUAAGAGAUUGCUACUAAAGUAGUCAUAGAAGGGACAGAGUGCAGUGUUAGUACUGUGCUCUGUGGCCUUGGAUCCAGAGAUUCUGCAGGGACAGGGACAAGUCUCCAUUGCUUCAUUCACCUUCAUGAUCUCAUCAGACUCAAAAACUCUUCAACCUCUCCUACCUAUUUAGACACCUCAUUCUUGUUUCUUGAUCUCACCUCUUCCCUACAAGCAUAUAAAAACUGUACCAUUUGAGAUGGUCUCUCUUCUCUCUCUCUCUCUCUCUCUCUCUCUCUCUCUCUCCUUCAUACUAAAACUUUAUUAGGACUUCAUUGAUUAGUUAGAGGUUAGUAGUACUUAGUACUAGUCUUGCGACAUAAGCAAGACCAAGAUUUGGGAGCAAUUAACACAAGUACACUAGAAUCCCUAUAGGAUUAGCUACUACACUUUGCAUAGUAGUGUGUGUUCUUGGAUAUACUUGCAUACAAGUAGAGGUACAAAGAGUGUGGUUAUUAGUGUAUAUGCGUGAUGAGUAGCAGAAGCAGAUGGAGGGCGGCGCCAAUGGCGUCGAGGUCGCCGGCGGCGGCGGCGGCGGCGAUGGUCAUGGCGUGUGUGGUCGUGGUGCUGCGCGUGAGCUGCGUGCUCGCCGUGGACGAGCAGGGCGCCGCGCUGCUCGCGUGGAAGGCGACGCUGCGCGGCGACGGCGGCGCGCUGGCGGACUGGAAGGCCGGGGACGCGUCGCCGUGCCGGUGGACCGGCGUGACGUGCAAUGCCGACGGCGGCGUGACGGAGCUGAGCCUGGAGUUCGUCGACCUGUUCGGCGGCGUGCCGGGCAACCUCGCCGCCGCCGUGGGGCGCACGCUGACACGGCUGGUGCUCACCGGCGCGAACCUGACGGGCCCGAUCCCGCCGGAGCUCGGCGAGCUGCCGGCGCUGGCGCACCUCGACCUCAGCAACAAUGCCCUCACGGGGACGAUACCGGCGGCGCUCUGCCGGCCGGGGAGCAAGCUGGAGACCCUCUACCUCAACUCCAACCGCCUCGAGGGCGCCAUCCCUGACACCAUCGGCAACCUCACCUCGCUCCGGGAGCUCAUCGUCUACGACAACCAGCUCGCCGGCAAGAUCCCGGCGUCCAUCGGCAAGAUGUCCAGCCUCGAGGUGCUCCGCGGCGGCGGCAACAAGAACCUCCAAGGCGCGCUCCCGGCGGAGAUCGGCGAUUGCUCCAGCCUCACCAUGAUCGGCCUCGCCGAGACCAGCAUCACCGGCCCGCUCCCGGCGAGCCUCGGCCGGCUCAAGAACCUCACCACGCUGGCCAUCUACACGGCGCUCCUCUCCGGCCCGAUCCCGCCGGAGCUCGGCCGGUGCGGGUGCCUCGAGAACAUCUACCUCUACGAGAACGCGCUGUCCGGCUCCAUCCCGGCGCAGCUCGGCGGGCUCGGGAAGCUCAGGAACCUGCUGCUAUGGCAGAACCAGCUGGUCGGCGUCAUCCCGCCGGAGCUCGGCUCGUGCGCCGCGCUCGCCGUCGUCGACCUGUCGCUCAACGGCCUCACCGGCCACAUCCCGCCGUCGUUCGGCAACCUCUCGUCGCUGCAGGAGCUCCAGCUCAGCGUCAACAAGCUCUCCGGCGCCGUCCCGCCGGAGCUCGCCCGGUGCAGCAACCUCACCGACCUCGAGCUCGACAACAACCAGCUCACCGGCGGCAUCCCGGCGGAGCUCGGCCGCCUCCCGGCGCUGCGCAUGCUCUACCUCUGGGCCAACCAGCUCACCGGCAGCAUCCCACCGGAGCUCGGCCGGUGCGGGAGCCUCGAGGCGCUCGACCUCUCCAGCAACGCGCUCACCGGCGCCAUCCCGCGCUCCCUCUUCCGGCUGCCGCGGCUGUCCAAGCUGCUGCUCAUCAACAACAACCUCUCCGGCGAGCUCCCGCCGGAGAUCGGCAGCUGCGCGGCGCUCGUAAGGUUCCGGGCGAGCGGCAACCACAUCGCCGGCGCGAUACCGCCGGAGAUCGGCAUGCUCGGGAACCUCAGCUUCCUUGACCUCGCGUCAAACCGGCUCGCCGGCGCGCUCCCGCCGGAGAUGUCGGGGUGCCGGAACCUCACGUUCGUCGACCUCCACGACAACGCCAUCUCCGGCGAGCUGCCGCCGAGGCUGUUCCGGGACUGGCUCUCGCUCCAGUACCUCGACCUCUCCGACAACGUCAUCGCCGGCGGAAUCCCGCCGGAGAUUGGCAUGCUGACGUCUCUGACUAAGCUGGUUCUCGGCGGCAACCGGCUGUCCGGGCCGAUGCCGCCGGAGAUUGGCUCGUGCACGCGCCUCCAGCUCCUCGACGUCGGCGGCAACUCGCUCUCCGGCCAUGUGCCGGGGAGCAUCGGCAAGAUUCCGGGGCUGGAGAUUGCGCUUAACCUCAGCUGCAACGGCUUCUCCGGCGCGAUUCCGGCGGAGUUCGCCGGGCUCGUGAGGCUCGGGGUGCUCGACGUGUCGCGGAACCAGCUAUCCGGCGACCUCCAGCCGCUGUCCGCGCUCCAGAACCUCGUGGCGCUCAACGUCUCGUUCAACGGCUUCACCGGCCGGCUGCCGGAGACGGCGUUCUUCGCGAGACUGCCGACGAGCGACGUCGAGGGCAACCCGGCGCUGUGCCUCUCGCGGUGCUCCGGCGACGCCAGCGAGCGCGAGGUGGAGGCGCGCCGCGCCGCCCGCGUCGCGAUGGCGGUGCUGCUCUCGGCCCUCGUCGUCCUCCUCGCGGCCGCGGCGCUCGUCCUCUUCGGGUGGCACCGCCGCGGCGGCGGCGCCCGCGGCGGCGAGGACAAGGACGGCGAGAUGUCGCCGCCGUGGGACGUGACGCUGUACCAGAAGCUGGAGAUCGGCGUGUCCGACGUGGCACGCAGCCUCACGCCGGCGAACGUGAUCGGCCACGGGUGGUCCGGCGAGGUGUACCGCGCGAGCAUGCCGUCGUCGGGCGUCACCAUCGCCGUCAAGAAGUUCAGGUCGUGCGACGAGGCGUCCAUCGAGGCGUUCGCCGGCGAGGUCAGCGUGCUCCCGCGCGUCCGCCACCGCAACAUCGUCCGGCUGCUGGGCUGGGCGGCGAACCGCCGGACGCGCCUCCUCUUCUACGACUACCUCCCGAACGGCACCCUCGGCGGCCUGCUCCACGGCGGCGCGAUGGGCGGCGGCGCCACCACCACCGCCGCCGUGGUGGAGUGGGAGGUUCGCCUCGCCAUCGCCGUCGGCGUGGCCGAGGGCCUCACCUACCUCCACCAUGACUGCGUUCCAGGGAUCAUCCACCGCGACGUCAAGGCCGACAACAUCCUCCUCGCCGACCGCUACGAGGCGUGCCUCGCCGACUUCGGCCUCGCCCGUGUCGCCGACGACGGUGCCAGCUCAUCGCCUCCGCCGUUCGCCGGAUCCUACGGCUACAUCGCUCCCGAGUAUGGAUGCAUGACCAAGAUCACAACCAAGAGUGACGUGUACAGCUUCGGUGUGGUGCUACUCGAGAUGAUCACCGGGCGCCGCCCACUGGACCCGGCAUUCGGGGAGGGACAAAGCGUGGUGCAAUGGGUGCGCGACCACCUUUGCCGGAAGCGAGACCCGGCGGAGAUCAUCGAUGUGAGGUUGCAGGGCCGGCCCGAUACCCAGGUCCAAGAGAUGCUGCAAGCUCUCGGCAUGGCAUUGCUAUGCGCAAGCCCACGACCUGAGGAUCGACCGACCAUGAAGGAUGUGGCGGCGUUGCUACGUGGCAUUCGACACGAUGAUGGCGUCGAGGCAAGAAAAGCCGGCAAUGGAGUUGGUACUGAUGCAGAGACAAGGAAGCGGGCUGACCCGAGACAGCCCAUUUCACCGACCAAACUCAUGGCCCUUGCUAGACCGGCCCAGGCCCAAGCCCAACUCCAAGCCCGUGCUAAUUCCGGUUCCUUGGGCCUGCUCAACGAUCAGGAGUGAGUAAUACAGUAAUAUAGAUAGUUCAAACUGAAGGGGGCCCACUAGCAGUGUGAUGUGAGGGUGAUGAUUGUUGAUGUUGACCAUGCAACCAUGGGUGUAGGCACUCACGGGGACCUGUAAGAAAAGGAUGGUUUACUGUUUGCUGGUGGGCCCAGCUUGCCAUAGACUGUAGGGGGUGUGUCGUUUUGCUAGGUGCACCCUUGUGGGUACAGAUUGGGAAUAUGUUAUCUUUGUGCUUAGGGUUUUAUUAUUUAGUGAUCAUAGGAGAUAUGACGGUCAAUAAUCUUUUGUACCAUAAAUUGGGGCAUAAUGCGCCCAAUGGAUUAUUAGUGUAAAUUAUCCCACUAAAGUAAUAAUUGCUAGCCAUAUUAUGGGUGAAGAUGUUUGUCAAA